CCCCCCCCUGUGGCUGUCUUUUUUUCUCGCCCUUCGCUCAUUCCUAUCCCGCGCGCUCUCUCUUCUCCGCCUCCCCCCUCCCCCCCUCCUGUCUUUCUCCUCCCGCCAAAUAUCCCCCUCCCCGUGAUGUCCUCGAGCUCAUCCAUAUUCGCCGCGCGCAAGCGGCGUCUGGACGAGAUCGAUGCCCUUGUGAGUGACACAUUCAAGGCGCCGGCUCCCGCGCCGGCAGCGCCCGCUGAUGCGGCCGACGCUGCCGAAGAGAAGCCGCUGUUCGUCCCACGCCGGCAGCGAGACCCCCUGCAUCGUGGUGUGCUGGCCGGGUCUUCGCUCGGGGCUCUGGCCCGGGCCGAGGCCGAUGCCGCCCCCCGGCAAUCGGUCUUCAACCGUGAAGUUGAGGAGGAGAAGCCGGUCAGCACCCGGCGCGCGGACAUCUUCGUGGAGCUGCUCGCCAAGCAGAAGGAGGAAGAGCUCAACCCGAUCACCGAGGAGGAGCGCCGCCGUCUGGAGGACGAGGCAUUGCUGAAGCAGAUCGAGGCGCGCAAGCCCCUGCAAGCGGGCCGCGAGUUCGCCGAUGGCAUUGUCUAUACCGAGCCCCUGCGCGUGACGGCCUGGCAGCCGCCGCGCUUCCUGCGCGAGCUGAGCAUGGAAGACCGGAGGAAGAUCUGGCGGUCAUACCACGCGCAGGUCCGUGGCGACGAUGUCCCGGCUCCGGCUCGCCGCUAUGAGUACCUGAAAUUCCCGACCCCCAUCAUGGAUGUCCUGCGCAAGCGCGGCAUCAAGGCCCCGCUGACCAUCCAGGCCAUUGCCCUGCCGAUUGUCAUGUCCGGCCGCGACAUGAUCGGCAUCGCGGCCACUGGCCAGGGUAAGACGCUGGCCUUCGCUUUGCCGAUGGUGGCCCUGGCCAUGGAGGCGGAGAUCCGGCUGCCCUUCGUUCGAGGCGAGGGCCCCCAUGCCCUGUGUAUUGUGCCAUCGAAAGAACUGGCGACUCAGAUCUAUGACAAUUGCGAGGAGUUCUGCAAGGCCCUCGUGGCCUCAGGCCGCUACCCGCAGCUCCGGUCACUCCUGUGCAUUGGUGGCAUCAACAUGAAUGAGCAGAUGGACGCCCUCAAUCGCGGAGUGCACAUUGUCGUCGCCACGCCCGGGCGUCUGAAGGACAUGCUUCACCGUCGGCGCUUGAAUCUGGACAGCUGCCGCAUGCUCGUCAUGGACGAGGCCGAUCGCAUGCUCGAUCCGACCGGCUUCGAGGAAGACGUCCGGGAAAUCGUCUCCUACUUCCGCGGCCAGAGACAGACGCUGCUCUUCUCGGCCACCAUGCCGCCCACCGUUGGGACCUUCGCCCAGUCGUCGCUGGUGCGGCCGGUGGUGGUGAACGUCACUAAGUCCAGCAUCGCCAAUAGCAACAUCAGUCAGGAAGUGCACUAUGUGCCGCAGGUCCAGAAGACCACCCGGCUGAUGGAUGUCCUGGACACCACCCCGCCGCCGGUGUUGGUGUUCGCGCAAAAUAAGCGCGAUGUCAAUGACAUCCACGAGUAUCUCCUGGCGCGCGGCGUGGCCGUGGACUCGAUCCAUGGCGACCGGUCGUCCGAGGAGCGGACCAACGCCGUGCGGCGCUUCCGCGCCGGGGACAUCGACAUCCUCGUGGCCACGGAUGUCAUGUCCAAGGGUUUGGAUUUCCCCAACAUCCAGCACGUCAUCAAUUUCGAUAUGCCGGAUUGCAUUGAGAACUACAUUCACCGGAUUGGUCGAACCGGGCGUGGUGGCAACAGCGGCGUGGCCUCGACCUUCAUCAAUGACGAGUGCGACCGGAAUGUCCUGGCCGAUUUGAGCGUCCUCCUGUACCAGGCCAAGCAGCCGGGCAACCUGUAUUUGGACCAGAUUUGCAUGGAGCUGGGGAUCGACGUGCCGCGUGUUGUGGCCGAGAUGGAGUCGGCCGAUGCCGCUGGCGACGCCAGCGGCGCCGACGGCGACCUCCUCGGCCGCGGCGGUGGCUGUGUCUUCUGUGGUGGCCGUGGUCACACGGCCAACAACUGCCCGAAGAUGCUCAAGGAGGCGCGCCGGGUCAUGGCCAGCGCCCGUGCCAGCGACAUGUCCGGCGGUGGCGGCUUCUAAGGCCCUGCGUCGAGCCCGGGCCGGGACCGGUCAGGCCUGGGGUGUGGCUACUGCUUUGUCCUUCUCGCUCCCCGGCCCCUGUCUUCUCCUCCCCCAAUGGACAGUCCCACCUUGAUCCUUGGUCGCGUCUGCAGCUGCACGUCCACCUGUGUGUGCAUUGUCUCCACUGUUGGCACUAUAUGCGUGUGUGUGCGUGUGUGU